CUUCAUUCAUCAAGUACGCUAUGUGCUUUGACAUGCAGCAAAACCUCAACCACUAAAGACUAUGUGUUGCCCCACCCUGGAAAAAGGUGUCACCAGAAAGACUGAAAAGGACUGUACCAAGUAACUCACUUCAGGGGGGUUAAAGAAUUAUAUUCACACACCUCAGAAACUUUACCUCUCAGGUUAACUUCUCUUGUCUAGGGAGCUGAAAUGUUGUUGGUGCUUUUGAACACUCAAACAUUUGGAAAGAUGUAAUGAUAAAUUCUUUUAACCUUUUACAUCUGAUAGCUGGCUGAAAAAAAAAUCCCCUUCUGUGUGCUAGUUUACCCUCACCUGAUAACAGCUUGGGUCAUUGACUGACUAAUCACAGAGGAGGGGAGGAGUCGGGUUGUCUGAUUGUCACUGACACACCUACAAACACACACACGCAGACCAGAGGGCACAAAUGACAGCCAAAAGAGCUCACAUAGCUCACGUUUUUAUUUAAUUUAUUUAUUUAUUUAUUUUUACUUGCUGGGCCAACCUUUUCAACCAUAGUGCCCACACUUCAGGAAUUAAUAAAUGAAUGCUCCUUUUUUAUGUUAACCCUGGAGUUGUAAUGGAUUCGGCACAAACAAUUGUUUGUAUAUUAACAAGUAAAAUGUAUUCAACACAGUUAGGUGCCAUGGAAUUGCACUUGCAGCCAUUGUGGUUCAGCAGUUAGCCUCUGCUGUACUUGAGUGGAGGAUGGCACUUCUCCCGUUUACUGGUUCUGAUGACGGACCGGACUGGCGGCAAGAGAAUAAUACAGAAUUUGUUUAUCUGCCUGGGCAAGGACAAGAGGAGGAAAUGAUAUAUGUUCGUCUUGCAAGUAAGAGGGAGCAAGGAGAGGUGGAGGUGGAUGAAAUGGAUGAAGAGCAAGUUCUUUCUGAAGUGCUGUGUGCUGAUAGAGUUGGACAGAUGACGAAGACCUACAGUGACAUUGACGCCGUCACUCGACUGCUGGAAGAGAAAGAGCGUGACUUGGAAUUAGCGGCUCGCAUUGGUCAGUCACUGCUAAAGAAAAACAAGGCCUUGAGUGAGCGAAACGAACUACUGGAGGAGCAAGUUGAGCACAUACGAGAGGAGGUAUCCCAGUUGCGCCAUGAUGUGUCCAUGAAAGAUGAGCUGUUGCAGUUCUAUACCAAUGCUGCAGAGGAAAGUGAGGGGGAGUCGACCACUUCCACACCUGUGCGACCCAGCGAGAACAAUGUGUCAACACCAACUUUUUUCCCCCUGGAUUCCUUGCAGAAGAAACUGAAAGAUCUAGAAGAAGAAAAUAAAUCUCUGCGCUCUGAGGCCAGUCACUUGGAGACAGAAACCCUCUGCUAUGAAGAAAAAGAGCAACAGUUGGUCAAUGACUGCGUCAAAGAACUUCGUGUUGCCAACCUCCAAAUAUCCUCUCUGGCCGAAGAGCUGGCGAGGAAGUCUGAGGAUGCUUCCAGACAGCAGGAGGAAAUUACUCAUCUUCUCUCCCAGAUAGUAGACCUCCAGAAAAAGGCUAAGAUGUAUGCUGUGGAGAAUGAAGAACUCACACAGCACCUAGGAGCUGCCAAAGAUGCUCAGCGACAACUCACUGCUGAGUUGCCUGAGUUGCAGGACAAGUAUGCGGAGUGCAUGGAAAUGCUACAUGAGGCUCAAGAGGAGCUGAAAAACCUGAGAAAUAAAGCUGCUCCAUCUAACACACAGCGACGUUUCCAUUCUCUGGGCUUGUUCCCAAUGGACUCUCUGGCAGCAGAAAUAGAGGGGACCAUGAGGAAAGAACUCCAGAUGGAUGACCCAGAUGUCGAGGAGCUAAGACUACAGCCAAAACGUGUGUUCCAGACUGUGAAAAACCUCAACCUCAUGCGUCAGCAGCGUUCGUCGCUUGCCCCCUCCCCCCUCAACAUCCCAGGCUCCAAUCAGUCAUCAUGUAUCACUUCAGGCCGCUCCAGCAGGGUGGGCACACCUCGCUCCAACUCCAUGUAUGGCAGCGAAACAGGAAGUGGAAUUAUGCUGGACAACAGAAGUAGCUGCAUUCUGGAGAUGCCAGAUAAUGGGUCAGAAGACUCUAACAAGUGGCCCCCUGGGACCCCAGGCACCCCUGGCAGUCAGGACCUGGAGAGAGCCCUGCGGCGUCUGUCUCUACGCCGCGACAACUACCUUUCAGAAAAACGUUUCUUUGAAGAGGAGAGGGAGAGGAAGUUGGCUUACUUGGCCAAAGAGGAGGAGAAAGGUGGCGGUGAAUGUAGUGGAGGCCUUGGGACGCCAUCGGAGAGUCUGUUCUCACUCUGCUCGCAUCCGUCGUUGGGAAGCGCGUGGUCGGGAUACUCGUUCACCGCCAGAUCCUACCUCCCGGAGAAGCUGCAGAUUGUAAAGCCGCUAGAAGGUUCUGCUACACUCUAUGCAUGGCAACAGUUGGCUCAACCCCACAUGGGCGCGUUGCUGGAUGAUCGGCCCGGCGUGGUCACGAAGGGCUUCCGCACUUUAUCGCACGAGCAGGACGAAGCGGAUGGCUGGCAACUGGACCAGCCGGAGGAGGACGAAGUCUCGAGUGAAUCAUGCGCAGGCUUGUCAGGAGAGAGCCUUUUGCAGCCUUUGUACUGCAGUUCUUUGCUUUCCAUCUGCUGUAGCAAAAAUGGCAAAACUGAUGCCAGUCAUCUAUCAGAAACACUGUAUGGAGAAAGAGAAGGGACAAUAGAGAAAAUUCAACCAAAAGAUGUUAUUCCCUCUGCAAGACCACCCCCCUCUUCCCCAACACUAUCUUCCUCUGAGAUGAACGGGCAUGUGGACUUCAAAGAACUCGACACAGUGGACCACAUGCCUGUUAACUUCCCAGGCAAGUAUAUGUCCCACACUAGCUCCACCUAUACGUUCACGACCUGCAGGAUUCUCCACCCUUCUGAUCAGCAGACCUCCAUGUCACCAAGCUCAGCUCUGUCCUCUUGUCAGCGCAGUACAUCGUCUACUCCGGUCGUCUUCUCUGCUCCACAUACACCCUCCGACACCCCAUGCUGCACCCCCCGCCGCCUCUCCUUGUCCCACUCCGUGGCUGAAUCUUCCACCAACCUUCGAGACCCCACCAAGACCACCAGCACCUCGCUAGGGCUCGGACGCCUCCUCCUGGAGCACGGGAUCUCUGCGUCUGUGUACUACCCGAGCAGCUGGGAUCGAGGGUCCGCGAGAGGAGAACAGCAGACCUCCAGCAACACUAUGGAGGGCAAUGACGAUAGACUGAUGAAGAAACGCCCCAACAGCCUCCUCCUCCUCCAGCCUUCCACUCCACCAAAUUCCCCCCGUUCUUGCGCCAAAUCUGGUGCCGCCUGCCCAGAUUUUCAGUUCAGCCCCUCUGAUGACGACCCACCAUGUUUUGACACUUUUCUAGCCUCUAAGCCGGCGCGCAUCAUCCUGAGGGAGGUGCUAGGUGAGGCAGGGAGGGAGCGAGGUGGCCAAACGGAUGAAGAAAGUCAAACAGAGAUAUUAAACCUGAAACUCGUGGAAAAACUGAAAAGCUUCCGCACCCUUCCGCCUCACACCGCUUCCAUUGCACCUGCGAGUAGUAUGUUAACCCCGUUCUGCCCAACUGGUCUGGGGAGCACUGCGCUGGGUCUGAACACAGGACUGAGGCGGAAUAGAAGCUACCCUGCUAUGGUAGGAGCCAGUAUGGCUAUGAAAGAUCCAGGAGGUCCCCAUACUACCGACAUCACCAUACCACAUUUAGGUCAAAGCCCACAAACACAACCAGCAGUGCACGUACAUGACAUAAAACAAAUGAAUCACACUGUCUUCACGAAGACACUGGACACUGUCUCACCACUAACCUCAAAACAGAAACAAGCCACCUCUAGCAAAUUGCUGCAAGACUCAUUUAGCAAUGGACAGUCCUGAUGAAAUCUCUUCUUAAACAAUAUAGAAAAUAUGUCCAUACUAAUCUGAGAUCAGAUACUGUACCUUACUACAGUAUGUACAGUAUAAGAUGGAUUCUGCAAGCCUACACUACCCUUAGAACUCAUUUCCCUGACAACAAUCAUUAGAGUCAAUCAGUAAAUGAACUAGUGUGGGCCAUUUCCUGUGUCUUUUGCUGUCGAUGAUAAGAAUGUUGCCUUCCCGUGUGCAUACAUACAGGUGCUGGUCAUAUAAUUAGAAUAUCAUGAAAAGAUUGCUUUAUUUCACUAAUUCCAUUCGAAAAGUGAAACUUGUAUAUUAUAUUCAUUCAUUACACACAGACUGAUAUAGUUCAAAUGUUUAUUUCUUUUCAUUUUGAUGAUUAUAACUGACAACUACUGAAAAGCCCAAAUUCAGUAUCUCACAAAAUUAGAAUAUUAAGACUGACACGAAAAACAAUAUUUCUCGAAAUGUUGGCCAACUGAAAAGUAUGAGCAUGUACAGCACUCAAUUAGUUGUGGCUCCUUUUGCCUGAAUUACUGCAGCAAUGCGGUGUGGCAUAGUGUCGAUCAGUCUGUGGCACUGCUCAGGUGUUAAUGAGAGCCCAGGUUGGUCUGAUAGUGGCAUUCAGCUCUUCUGCAUUGUCGGGUCUGGCGUAUCACAUCUUCCUCUUCACAAUACCCCACAGAAUUUUUUUUAUGGGGUCGAGGUCAGUCGAGUUUGCUGGCCCAUCAAGAUCAGGGAUACCAUGGUGCUUAAACCAGGUACUGGUAGCUUUGGCACCGUGUGCAGGUGCUGAGUCCUGUUCUGAAAAUGAAAUCUGCAUCUCAAUAAAGUUGUUCACAGCAGUACGCAUGAAGUGCUUUAAAACGUCCUGGUAGAUGGCUGCGUUGGCCUUGGACCUAAGGAAACACUGGACCAACACCAGCGCAUGUCAUGGCACCCCAAACCAUCACCGACUGUGGAAACUUUACACGCGACCUCAAGCAACGUGGAUUCUGUGCCUCUCCUCUCUGGGACCUUGAUUUCCAAAGGACAUGCAAAAUUGACUUUCAUCAGAGAACGUAACUUUGGACCACUCAGUAGCAGUCCAGUCCUUUUUGUCUUUAACCCAGGCGAGACACUUCUGAUGUUGUCUCUUGUUCAAGAGUGGCUUGACACAAGGAAUGCGACAGCUGAAGCCCAUGGCUUGCGUACGUCUGUGCGUGGUGGUUCUUGGAGCACUGGCUCCAGCUGCAGUCCACUCUUUGUGAAUGUCCCCUACAUUUUUGAAUGGGCUUAGUUUCACAAUCCUCUCCAGGGUGCAGUUAUCCAUAUUGCUCGUAUACAUUUUUCUACCACAUCUUUUCAUUCCAUUCGCCUCUAUUAAUGUGCUUGGACACGGAGCUCUGUGAACAGCCAGCCUCUUUAGCGAUGACCUUUUGUGUCUUCCCCUCCUUGUGCAAGGGGUCAAUGAUCGUCUUUUGGACAACUGUCAGGUCAGCAGUCUUCCCCAUGAUUGCGUAGCCUACGUAACUAGACUGAGAGACCAGUUAAAGGCCUUUGCGGGUGUUUUAAGUUAAGGAGCGGAUUACAGUGUGGCACCAGGCGUCUUCAAUAUUGCACCUCUCCACAAUAUUCUAAUUUACUCAAUUUGGGGGUUUCAUUAGUUGUCAGUUAUAAUCAUCAACAAAAGAAAUAAACACUUGAAAUAUCUCAGUCUGCGUGUAAUGAAUGAAUAUACAAGUUUCACUUUGUGAAUGGAAUUACCGAAAUAAAUCAACUCGUUCAUGAUAUUCUAAUUAUAUGAACAGCACCCGUAUGUGGAAUAUACUAUUCAAUUAAAAAGCCCCCAAUCUGACACACUUUAUUUUUGUUUCAUUUCUCCCAUUUACCCGCUCAACUUAAAAUAUUGCACUAAUUCUAAAAGAAAAGAUGUAAAUGUCCAUGCUGGCCUGAAUAUGAAUGACCUGGAGCACAGGUGGGAUUAAAGUGCCAAAUUAGGAGUUGUUUAGGAUCCUAAAAUGUUCUUUUACUAAACCUCCAGCAGAUCAAGCAUCAAUCAAACUACUUGCCUGAGUCUCUGCAGUUUGAUUGUAGCGUCGCUUCAUUCUCCGUACACGACAAGGCAUUGAGAUGGAUUGGUUUAUUAAGCCUCUGUCCCUGAUUUAUUUGUACAAUUGUACCUAUUCUUUAAAAAAAAAAAAAAAAAAUCUAAUCGUAUCCUUUUUAUAUUCAGGCCACAAUGGUAGUUGUAAGCAUAUAAUUAAUGUCACACUGCUGUAAAAAUGUUAUACAGAUAUUAACAUUUCUUUGCCAUUGGGGCAAAAAAAAAAUAUAUAUAUAACUGUAUGAGGGGCAGUCAAAACGUAAUGAACAAUUGCAGUAGGUUGCACUUGAUUUUUAGUUGAAAUACUUGUUUUAAGCUUUAUUUAAAAAAUAUAUAUAUGUUUAAGCCUUUCCUUUUCCUGUCAGCCAUUUUGGAAAUAAGGUAAUUGUCAAAUUUCUCACUUUGGAAGGGAAACCACCACGAAACAUUUUCAAAAGGUUGACAAAAAUGUGUAUGAGCUUAGGGUUCUGUCAUCAAAUGAUGACUUGGCUUCGCUGCUCCUGGUCACUUAAAGCAGGCCCUUGUUUUUCACCUUUGAUCCUGGACACCCACUUUUUGACUGUGUUGUAGCCUAUUGCAACUUCCCCAUACAAAUUUUGCAACCUUUGGAAAAUGUUUAGUGGUGGUUUCCCUUCCAAAGUAAGAAAUUCAAUCACAGCUCUCUGCUUCUGACGGGCAUCCGACAAUGACGUCAUUUCUAAAAUGGCUGACAGGAAGAGGACAGGCUUAAACAAAAGCUUUUUGAAAUAAACCUUCAUAAAGGUAUUGAAACUACAAACGGUGAACAUUUCAGAAACCAUUUUCAAUUACUAGGAGCUUAAAUUGGGCUCAUUACAUUUCAACUGUCCCUCGUAAUUGUGAUUUAUAUUGAAAGUAUCCAGGUUGGGGCUUUUAAUGUGGGUGCUUUGCUAUGAUUGAAAGUUCUUAUGUGCCUAAAACAUGUUACCUAGUUUUAUUAUAUGACUGUCUAGCGUUUUUACAUAAUGUUUUUUGAGUAAUUAAAAGAUGUGCAGAAAACCAACUACCCCAAUCUGUGGAAGUUCCUCCAAAUCGGUUGAAUAUGGCCCAAAACACAAUCACAAUCUCUGCUUGUUUUAAAACAUCAAUAACAAAUUGAUAUUGAGAGCCAUUAUGUCUUAUGGUUAUCCCUUACACGUUUAUUUGUACUGUAUGUGGACAAUGAUAUUUAUUUCAAAAUAUGCCUCAAAUGAAUGUGAGAUGAAGCCAUUUCUUACAUCGAAGCAUGGAAACAGUAAUUGCAUCUAUCUGGUCGGGAAUCAAAGACGUGUAAAUUUGGCUGGCAUGCAGUCACUUCAGUUUUGGAACGUGUUCAUGGGAAUUCUGUUGUAUGGACAAAUUAUAAGAUUGCGAGUGCCAAAGGAAUCCUACAUUUCCUUUAAAAAAAAUCAAAAUCCGUCGUGACAAGUUAUGUCGUUUUAUUACAACUGUAUAAUUUCACAUUGGCAGUGUUUUUUUAAUCUUUAUUUUUAAGUCUGCAAUAUGUUGUCAUUGUCAAGUCUGUCACUUUCCUAUUUUUCAAGUUAUGACAUUGGGCAACAAUGUUAAAAGUGCAUUUGUGUGCUUUUCCGAAUGUAUUCAUCUGUUCAAGCUAACUUAAACAAAACUAAAAUAUGUAAAAGUGUAAAUGAGUUUAUACGUUUGUUUUAAGGAGAUCAAACUAUUUUCAGUGACUUGAGCGUUCUAUUUUACAGAACUGUACUCUAGAUUUAAAAAAAAUAAAGAAAUAAUAAUAAUAAAGGCAUACUGAA